AUGAUGAUUGAAUCAUUGAUUUCUAUGGUUCGGUAUUUAUCACCGAAAGAGGAUGAUGAUGCUACCGAUCGAUUACAUUACCUUUAUACCAGUAAUAUUCUACUUGCAUUUGCUGUAUUGAUAAGUUUCAAACAAUUUGGUGGUCGACCGUUGGAAUGCAUGUUUCCUAGCAAAUUUCCUGGAUCAUGGGAACAAUACGCAGAAAAUUAUUGUUGGUCACGUGAUACAUAUUACGUGCAACCGGAUGUUCACGUGGCAGCAUUAAAGGAAGACGAAAGAUAUACACCUGAACGGCAAUUAUCUUAUUACAAAUGGGUACCAUUCUUUUUACUUCUACAAGCUGCAUGCUUUCGAAUGCCGAGUAUAUUCUGGAAUUACUUAUCAUUUAGUUCAGGAAUACGAAUUCAUGAAAUAGUCGAAAAAGCAAUGGAUCCAUCAAAUAUUGAUGAAAAUAUCAGAAGUCAAAAUAUUGAAACUUUGACACAUCACAUGCAAAAUGCUCUGAAAUUUCAUCGAAGAAUUUCGAAGCGAAAAAUUGAAGUUCAUAAACAAUUGAAAUUUUUAAAUGUUCGCUAUACGGCAUUUUUUAUAUCACUGAUGUAUUUGAUAACCAAAACAUUAUAUCUUGCCAAUGCAGCUCUACAACUUUGCAUACUUAAUAAAUUUUUACGGACAGAUGCAAAUCGUUGGUAUGGUUAUGAUGUAAUUAGAGAUAUUAUAAAUGGUACCGAAUGGACAACAUCCGGUUAUUUUCCUCGUGUUUCAGUUUGUGAUUUCAUGGUUCGACAAAUGGGUAAUAUUCAACGAUAUUCCGUUCAAUGUGUUUUAAUUAUCAAUAUGUUUAAUGAGAAAAUAUUUGUUUUUCUUUGGUUCUGGUAUCUAUUCCUUGUCCUUUGCACUGUUUUAUCAUUAUUUUAUUGGCUUAUCGUUCUUACAUGUCCAUGUUUUGGACGUUGGUUCAUUUCACGAAGUUUGGAAUUAUCUGAAAUGAAAUUUGAUCCGGAUACUAAAGCAAAAGAAGUGGAUCGAUUUGUGAGAAGUUAUCUACGAUGUGAUGGUUUGUUUGUGUUACGAAUGGUUGAAAUUCAUGCCGGUAUACUAUUCGGUACUGAUCUGAUACAAUCACUUUGGAAUGCUUUCUAUGAAGUUGAAGAAAAGCUUUCUGAAGGUCGUCGGUCAAUGGAUGAUUAUAAAGAGAAUGCUAAUAAUUUAUUUCGAGCUGAUUCCUUACCCAACGAUAUAACCGUAAAAGAGAAAUCUAUUCGUUUACGGAAACCAGGUAAAGAAAUGAAAGUUGAUAUUGAACCGGAUUUAAUGUUAUAUCCAUUGAUGAUAGAAAGUCAACCGAAUCAAGGAGCUGAAAAUGUAUAA